UUCUUUUUCUUAUUCAAGGAGGAAGAAUAUCAUUCUAGUGUAGUGCUUUCCUUCAGUGUGAGAGCGGCGAAUAACGUGUUGGAAAACAGUAGGACUGAAUACGAGGUAUUCUGUUUUCCAAAAUGGGUACUCUGAUGGGUCAUGUGCUGCCGGGGUCGUUUUUCAUCGCAGCCUCGCUCUGGUGGCUUUGGGUUUUGCUGCACAAGUAUUUCAAAUCCAAACUGCCCAAAGGGAAAACUUCGACGCAUUACGAAUUUCGCUCUUCUCUUUCUGUUGCUGGACCUUUUAUUGGGAAUCGGCUGCCGAUGCAGGGAAUCCUGCUCAUCACUCUGGUCACCAUUGGGAUCAUCGGCGAGGCUUACACAGGGUUCCGGAACGGAAAGUUUGUGGUUCAAGGAAACGGGCAGCACAUCACCAUGUAUUUUUUCUUCGGGAUGGUAGCGUUGACUGAAGUGCUGAACUUCUACCGGAUUCCACUGCCUCGUGAUCUCGACUACGCCACGUUUUUGCUGGCUUUGCUCAUCGAGGCCAUGCUGUUCUACCAUCAUUUGCAUGGCAGGACUAUGUUGGAUGUCCAGCGUGUGUCGGGACACGUCGCUAACUCUACUUCGUGGCUGCCUUGCACGACCGACGAGACCCGUCUUGCUGCGACUGGGAGCAGGUCCCCCACACCAAGUAGUGUCAUCCUACCUAGGACAUGGGGGGCGGCCCAAGGCCAAUUUGGGGCAAAGCUGCGAAGCACAACCAUUUUCGCAAUGCACAUCGCAGGAGUGAUGAUCUUCACCUUCAUCCUUGGCGUCGUCGUGAACAUCCGAGUGAAGCGACUCAGUCAAUACACACCGACGUACGAGUUGAAUAUGCCAACUAAUUUUGCGGGAAAUUCCUCGCAUUUCACCAUCAAUGACUCAACGUAUUCCCCAUUGUCCUUGUCACGAGAUGAAGACGAGGAAGAAGACGACACUUCGCGUCAUAUCGCAGUAGCGUGA